GAUGCAGCCACUGAGUUUGAGUUUGUGGCCAUGGCCACUGAGAACGAAUCUGUGGUCCGUUGUUUUCCAGCCACAGGACGAACUCAUCAGAUCAGAGUCCACCUCCUCCACUUGGGAUUUCCCAUCGCAAAUGACAGUUGCUAUGGGGGUGAGCUGCGCCAGGAUUGCACCCUGCCGCUGAUUCCUCACGUUCGACAAGAG